CCGAAAAAUAAGCAUGGACGAAAAGCCAAACCCGAACCCGAUUCCAAUGAGAGUCCUAAUUCGUCCUCCUCCAUCUUCUCAAGCAUCACCAUCUCCUCCGCCGCCGCCACCUCCUCGUAUUCGUCGUCCUCCUCCUCCGCCUACUUCUCCUUCUCCCUCUCCCUCUCCCUCUCCCUCUCCCUUACAUUCGUCUGGCGUUGUCGUCGUCGGAUUCAUCGGCCGUCGCCAUUCCGAUGUAUCUAAUCUUAUCAAUCGAAUUCUCGACUUUAAUGUCUUCGGUUCUAGUCACAGGGAUACGCCUCUUCUCAUUGAUGGUGAUGUUGCUGAAGAGGUUAAACAAUGGUUUAGCAGUCACAGGAUUAGUUAUUUUCAUGAUGAACAUAAUAAUUUGCUUUUUCUUCAAUUGCGUUCUACUCAUUGUCCUGCUAUGAUUUCUCCUGUUUGUGAGUUUGAUGAUGAUCAACAAACUAUGGAACUUCAAGGAUUGCUCUUCAUGUUCACGGUUUGUCAUGUAAUUGUUUACAUUCAGGAGGGGUCACGAUUUGAUACCCAGGUGCUGAAAAUAUUACGAGUGCUACAAUCUGCAAAACAUGCUUUGUUGCCAUUUUUGAGAUCACAUCAAAUUUUGCCUUCUGUUACCAGGAGUUCGUCAUCAUCUUCUCGUCCUCCUACGCUGGCAUCAUCCUCCAAGAGUCCUUCUCCACGAAGAGGCAGAAGCACCUCAAGCCGAAACAAUUCUAUUUCUGUCAUGCCAAGCUUAGGUUCUUAUGCAGCACUCUUUCCUGGGCAGUGUACUCCUGUUACUAUCUUUGCUUUUGUUGACGAUUUCUCAGAAAUGACGAAUUACAGUCCUGCAAAAGAGGUUUUAAGUGAGCCUUCCUCUAGUCAGUCAGGUUUGAGCAGCGUAGCUAGAUCAAAUCUGCUCACAAAGGGUUCUAGUUCAGUAGUUGUGCUCUCUCGGCCAGUGAAUAAAUGUGAAGGUAGUUCACGUAAGAAACUACAAUCCUCCAUUGAAGCGCAGGUUCGUUUUUUGAUGAAAAAAUGUCGGACACUUACAGGUUCUGAAAGCAUUAGUCAUGUAGGAUCAAGAAGUGGUGCUAUAUCUGGGUUGGCUCCUUUACUAACUGUUGAUGCAUCUAGAGCUGUUGUGCUUUUGGAUAGCUCUAGCAUCUCGAGUGGUGAGUCUCUUGAUUUUGCCACGAGCCUUGUAGAAGAUGUUUUGAGUGGCAAGGCAACACCUGAUUCUUUGUUGCUUGAAAGUCACAGUCAGAGUGGAAAUAAGGAUGACAUUAUGACUCUAAAAGAGUUUGUCUUUAGGCAGGCAGACAUUUUAAGAGGAAAAGGAGGAACGGUUACGAGUGCCAAUGCAGCAGCAGGUGCUGUUAUGGUUGCUGUUGCUGCAGCUGCAGCAGCUGCUGCAUCAACAGCUUCUGGAAGGGCCACUAGUGUUCCAGAGCUACCAAGCUUAGAGAUGUGGUUAUCUUCUAGUCAGCUAAUUCUUAAAGGGCUUUUGUCUGUAAAGCCCAGUUCCAUUGAUGAACCCGAUCUAAUACGGAGGAAAUUGCGGCAACGGAAUGGUGUCCCACCUCUUGUUGACGGGGUUACUCCUAAAGGUGCUGACCCACCUGGCAUCGCGAUGUCUCUGUUGGAGAGUGGGAAGGGAAUCAACAGAAAAUUUUCUGCUUUAUGGUGCCAGAGGGCUUUACCAGCUGCUCUGGAAGUGUAUUUGAAAGACUUACCUUCCUGUUAUUCAACGUCACAGCAUCAAGCUCAAUUAGAAAAGGCUCUGUGCGCUUUCCACAGAAUGGUAAAGGGCCCUUCUGUGCUAGAAUUCAGGAAAAAAUUGGAGGAUGAAUGCACAUCAAUCUGGAAGUCGGGCAGGCAGUUAUGUGAUGCUAUUAGUUUGACGGGAAACCCAUGCAUGCACCAGAGACAUGAUGUUCAAAAUGACAAUCCUCCUUCAGAUGCCAUCGGAAAGGAACAUAGCAGUGGAUUUGUAUUCCUUCAUGCUUGUGCUUGUGGUCGCUCUCGAAAAUUACGAGCUGACCCUUUUGAUUUUGAAUCUGCUAACAUCAAAUUUAACAUCUUUCCAGAUUGUGAUAAUCUUCUUCCUAUGCUGCAACUUCCUAAAGUUAGUGAUGAUUGGCCAAUUCAGCCUUCAUCAUGGUCUGUGAUUCGUGUUGGAGGUGCAAAGUAUUAUGAUCCUUCUAAAGGAUUGCUUCAAACUGGAUUUCCUCACAAUCAAAAGUUCCUUAUGAGAUGGACAAUUGUUCUGGAGAAAGAUAAGCAAUCAGUUGUUUCUUUCGCUAAUGCUCUGAAGCAAGGUUCCUUCCGCAGUAAACUAGACUCAAAACUUGAGUCAAUUGCUAUCAGAGACACCAAGAAAAGCACUGCAAUUUUAGAGGGGCAAGGUGAAGCACAAAGUGGAGUUGAAGGUGAUGAGAAGGUUGUAAAUGAUUCUAUAUCUGAUCCCAGAAAGAUCAAUUUUGGCAGAGGCCUUUCCAUUGCAACAAUGAAGAAAGCUUUUUCAGAGGUUGUUGCUGGGUCAACCACCUCCAAUUCUGCUUUUCCCCCCUUACAGUCAAAAGCGCAAAUGCAAUUUACUCAAGGAAAAGGUGUUAAGAAAAAUACCGUAAGAGUUGCAAAUAUAGAGGAAGCUAACAUUUUUGCUAAUGAUGUGCAAAAAUCUUUAAAAUCUGAAGAAAAUUCUUCUGCAGCGGUGGAAAAUGCAACUGAAGUGAACAAUGUUAGCCACACUGAUGGUAAUCCUUUCUUGCACAUAGGUAGCAAUGUAAUUCUAUUGAAUGUUGAUGGUGGUAAAAAUGUUUCUGAGAUGAAUAUUGCCAAUGGGGUAAAGACUAGGUUUGAUCCUUUUACUAAACACUUCGUAGUUUAUGUUGGUUUUGAGCAUGAAUGCCCUUGUGGCCACCGUUUUAUAUUAUCUACAGAGCUUUUGAACCAACUUGGGCAACCGUACUCAUUACCUGAAGAAUAUCCUGUUACUCCUACUGUGGAACAUGUUAAUCGUAAGCAUAGAGGUUCCCUGAAAUUGGGAAAAUGUGAGAGUCGCACUAAAGCACACCGAUCUCCAAACAGUAAUUCCACUAUCUUGCACAAGGUUAGCACUAUAGAGAGGUUAGAUGAGGCUGUCGUUGUUAAUGAUGCCACUGUGAAUGGAAGAAUAUCAUUGUCUAGCCCACUGGAACAGACACCUCUUGAUUCAUCAAGAUUACCUACUUCUGGCACAGAUCUUCAACAAAGUCACCAUUCUCUGAAUAUUGAGAACAAUGGACCUGCCUUUUCUUUGCUAAACAGAAAUUUACCACUUUAUUUAAAUUGCCCACAUUGCAAGGCGUCAAAGAACAAGAAGGAUGGACAACAUUUGAAGUUUGCCAGCUCAAUAUCUCAGCUACAGAGGAUUUUUGUGGUUACUCCUUCGUUUCCAGUUGUAUUAGCAACCAAUCCUGUUGUACAAUUUGAGGGGUCCCAUCAACCUGUAGGUGCUUCAAACUGUGAACAGCAAUUACAAUUCUCCCUUGGAUGCCAAAUUAUCUUGCCUCCAGAAAGUUUUGUUUCAAUCAGGCUGCCCUUUAUCUAUGGCUUCAAGGACAGAGAUAAGGGAUUAAUUCCUCUUAAUCCAAUAGAUCAUCAACCAGAGUUGACUGCCUAUAUCAAGCAAGGUACAGUGCUGCAGGCGAUUUGCAAGGGAAGUACUCUAGAUUAAGAGCUUUGAGGAGCAUAUAAAUCUGUUUUGGGAAAGGUCAUUGGCCGACUAUAUCACAACCUGGAAUAGACUUGGUUGAAGCUGUCAUUACACUUGUGUCCAUCAAACUCAGGAAAGAAAAUAUCAUUCAUCAUCAUAUCAAACAGCGGAGCCGCAUAGUAAUUGCGAAUUUGUUCAAACAAUCAUGGACUUUGAUGAAUUUUGGAAGAAGGUUCAUAGCUCGCAAGUUAUUUGAUUUGGACACACUCAUGAGUGGUUGCAGGUCUCGAUGGGUUGAUUUUGCAACCAGAGUGACAGAAGUCGGUUGCUAAUAAGUUAGUAACGAAAAAAAACCAACUGUGAUCCCGACUUGCAAUUUGUAGCUGUAGAGGCUAUCAGAGAGAGGAUAAAAGAGCAUGAUCCAUAAAUCAAAAUGUGAAGCUGAGGAAAAAAUACAGUUUUUGUAGGCAGAUUUGAAGAAUAAGAAGAGGGUAGAGGAGAAACAGGAUACAUUGAAGCCCAUUGUGGAGGGAUUUUGUUUUGGUAAAUUUGUGUGUUAAUCAUCCAAUCUAAGCUUGAAGGCAUGUGUUAUAGGCUAGGUAAAAAUUUAGUGAAGCAUUUUGUAUUAAUAUGUAUCUAGCUACUAUUAAGAUGUAAUGUUACUUAUUUACUAUGGAAAUAUGAAUUGAUGUAGACUUCUAUGUUUAUAUCAACUAUGUAGAGAAUUUUUUUUUCAAUAAAUUUUUUUUUUUCAUA